GGCCGACAGGAUGGAGGCACCUUGUCUGCUGCACCAUGUGUGCAUAUUAGUCAAAUAACGCAUCCAGCACAUUUUAUACUGUCCUAGUUGUAGCAUUGUUUGCAUUUCUAUUAAUUAUUAUUAUAGUGUGCCCAAUUUGGGGGGGGGUGUCGUCUUUUUGAACAGAAGGCUUCCAGGGAUGGAGUCAAUAGCAGGACAGCUUCGAGAGCCUGGAAGAGAAGCCAGCUCCACCCCAAGUCCCAAACGGGACGCCCAGGGCCUCUCCGGCCCCCUCAAACCGAACCAAGUGAGCGAGACCUCCCUGUACGGGGUGCCCAUCGUCUGCCUUGUCAUCGACGGGAGAGAACGACUGUGCCUGGCCCAGAUCUCCAACACCCUCCUGAAGAACUACAGCUACAACGAGAUCCACAACCGCAGGGUGGCAUUGGGCAUCACCUGUGUGCAGUGCACCCCCGUGCAGCUGGAGCUCCUGCGACGCGCCGGCGCCAUGCCCAUCUCGUCCAGACGCUGCGGCAUGAUCACCAAGCGGGAGGCCGAGCGGCUCUGCAAGUCCUUCCUUGGGGCGCACAGCCCCCCAAAGCUGCCCGAGAAUUUCGCAUUCGAUGUGUCCCACGAGUGUGCGUGGGGUUGCAGGGGAAGCUUCAUCCCGGCCCGAUACAACAGCUCCCGGGCCAAGUGCAUCAAGUGCACCUUUUGCAACAUGUAUUUCUCCCCGAAUAAAUUCAUUUUCCACUCGCAUCGCACCCCUGAGUCCAAGUACCUGCAGCCGGACGCGGCCAACUUCAACUCGUGGAGGCGCCACCUGAAACUGACGGAGAAGAAGCCCUCGGACGACAUCAACCACGCGUGGGAGGAUGUCAAGGCCAUGUUUAACGGGGGCAGCAGAAAGAGGACGCUUCCUAUGGGGAGCUCGCGGGAGCAGUCGCCCAUGAAAGCGCAAGCUUCCUCCGCACUCAACCGCACCGCUUCCCCGGAAGUCCCGCGCAAAACUUUACGGUGCGACGACGAUCAGGGGAGUAAUAACAUCACUUUGGCGAGCAGUGCGAGGAGCUAUCCACUCAUCCCGGUCCCCAGUAAAAACUUUGGCAUGCUCCAAAAAAUCCCCCCACCCUUAUUCCCGCAUCACCCGUAUGGUUUCGCUAGCUACGGCUUGUGUCCGAAAAAAAGUGACAGCGUGCCAGAUGUGACUAAAAGCAACGUCCCCGGCGUCUUUUGGCCGACUACCAAGGACGCAAUUUACCCCGCUUUCCCCGUCUUUUGGCCCUCGGCUAGCAGCCUCCCCAUGCCGCCCUACCAGGCCAAACCUCCGGAGCUGCCCGGGGUUCGCCAGGCCGACCUCGACUUAUCAGACCAAAGCGAAAGGGGUGUGAACACCCCCAAAGACGGCCACCAGCAGCAGCAGGAUCGCCCCAGUUCGUCUAGCAACUGCAGGAACGACGAUGACAGGUCCGGGGACGAGACGACUUCACAUCGGAAGAUCAGCUACAUCUCCGCCUUUAGACCUGUCGUCAAAGACGCGGAGACCAUCGCCAAGUUGUACGGGACCCGGGAGGGCUUCAAUGUGCGGGCUGGCUACCUCUCCCCGGACUUUGUUAGCGAAACGUCCAGCUAUAGAUCCAUGUCCCCGGACAGAGACACCGUGGAAGACGACGACGACGACGAGGACCCCGACGUUGAUGUGGAGUCAAGCAGAGGAGCAGAGGAUGAAGAGCCGAUCCGGAUCUCGCCGAGAGGGAACCGCCACGAGUCUCCUGCGCCCGAGGCGCCUGAAGAGAGCCAGGGGAAGGGUGCACCUUGCAGCCCCGCUGUAGCAUCACCUGAGGACUCGGCGCACACUGGCUCUUCCGAUGAAGGCAGGCUCAUCCGGGAUGGCUCACCUAUUCAUCAAGUGUAUGCGGAUGAAAAGGACUGCCAAGUGCAAGUGGACGAGACGUUCGAGUCGCCGAGCAGCCCCUGCAGAUCAAACGGUGCGCACCACGGUCAACAAAAUAUAACAUCCAAUCAGGAACAGAUGGACAAACAAGCUGAAGGAGCUUUACGCAUUGACAUCAGUGUACAUGAACGAAAUCUGGAGAACAUGGCAAAAGAGGAGUUGCAGAAGCAGCUCCUGGAGCAGAUGGAGCUGAGGAAAAAGCUCGAGAGAGAAUUUCAACAUUUGAAAGAUAAUUUUCAGGAUCAAAUGAAGCGCGAGCUGUCCUACAGAGAGGAAAUGGUCCAGCAGCUGCAGAUUGUUCGAGAAGCUCACGACGCCCUUCACCAUUUCUCCUGCAAGAUGUUGACCCCUCGCCAGUGUACUGGAGCCUGCACCUUUAAACCUCCUCUACUGCCUCCUUAAAUUCCGGCACAACCCCUUUACCCACCCUUAACCCCCAACACACACAAAAACACUCCUAUCGAUGAUCAAGCACUUGAGCGAACACUCAGAAAAAGCAGGAUUUAUUCCAACACUGUUUUAUGUUGAGAGUCCAGUGGUUUGAUAUGAACGCUCAUACCAAGAAUCCACCUGCUAUUUAACGAUUCUGAAAAAUGGUGGCAAAGCACUAAUACAAUAUAUACCAUGUGACAAUGUGCAAUGGCAUGUCUAAUUGUGAUAAGUUGAAACCUAUGUCAUACUUUAGCUUUUUAUUGCUUGUUUAAAUCACUUCAGUUCUGUAUUGAUCUUCAUUUCUCUUUCAGAUUAUUUGUAUCACCAUAUGUGUUGUAAAGCACUUUAAAUGGGCAACAUCUCUGCUUUUGUCGUCCUUUAUAUACCAAAUGGUCAUAUCAGAAAACAAAAAAAAAGAAGGAUGUUUAUGUUGAAAAGGAAGCACUUACUUCAAAAGUGAUUGAGAUCAUAAUGUUUGUUUGAGAUCAUGCAAUAAAAGGUUGUCUCUC